UAGGAUUAGGAUCAUGUAAAAACAAGUCUUAGGGUGAAAACAUGAAAACAAUUAAUCCCAGCCGUAGAUUAUAAUCUAGCGGAUGAUAUUUAAUGUAUAUAUAUCCUAAUUUUCUCUCUCCUCCCGCGAAAACACUUUCUCUUUCCUCUGUUAUUUUCUUCCUCCUCUUCCUUCUCUCUUCACUUUCUCUCUCCUAAUUUCUCGACAUUAGCGAACUCCUUCAGCAACACCGCUUCAAUUACCAUCAGCGAACUCCUUCAGCAACACCGCUUCAAUUACUUUGAUUUUUAGCAAUUUCUCAGCUCUACGAUCUAUUAUCAGGGUGCAACAAGGAUUUUCAUUCGAUUUGGAUUAGAUUUUAUUCCUAUGGUGAGAACUAGAGGUGGUGCUACUUUUAAAAAAAGGAGAGGCCUUCGUAGCUCAACAGGAGGAGUUAAAUUGAAAGAUACAGGAGCAUGUAUCAAUCUCGAUCAUGAAGAUGAAGAGCAUAUUGAUGGUGGAAGAAAAAUGAUCGAUGAUGAUACUAACAGAGAUAAAGAUGCUUGUAUUGAAAAAGGAUUGAAAAAGAAAGCUAUCACUAAGAAAAAGAAACCUUCUAACAUUGAGAAUGCUAUACCUUUGUCAACUGUGAUGGAAGGAAAGAAGGGGAAUGAGUCUUCUUCUUCACAUGCUAUUGUUUUGCCAGCUAAGAAGAGAAAGUUGGAUGAAAAUGAAGGUCUUAAAGUGAAGAAAGUGAAGGCAAAUAAGGAUAAGAACAUUGUGAUUCAUAGGCAAGAAUCUGCAAUCAUAGAUAGUGAUGUACAUAUGGUGCAACGAGGAUUUAAAACACGUUGCAGGCCAUUUCAUUUAGUAGAGAUGAUUAAAACUUUUUCAGAUGAUCAAAUCAAGGCUGUUAAAGAAAUUGGCUUUGGAGGUUUGUUAUCUUUGAAGGUGAAACGAACUGCAACUGAUAUGCUAUCAUGGUUGGUAGAUUGUUUUGAUCAUGGUAGCUGCAUGUUUACUAUUGAUGGUAAAAAAGAUUUUGUUGUGACUGAAUUUGAUGUGUAUGAUGUUUUUUGCCUUCCUUGCAAAACAUCUAAGAAAGUUGAAGAAAUUUCUCGCUGUGCUAAUGUCAUCAACCCUGAUUAUGAUUUAAAGGUUAAAUGGAGGUCUCAUUUUGGUCUUAUGGGUGAGAAUGAUCAGAUUCCUUUGGGUUUUUUGGAAUCUAAGAUCCCUUUACUAGUAGAUGGCGGGGAAGAAUUCAGACAGCUUUUUAUCAUGCAUGCUUUUUCAAGUUUUUUAGCACCUACGUCCAACAGAACUGUGGAUUUGAGAAUUGUAAAAUGUUUGGUUGAUGUUAAUCAAAUAAGAAUUUAUAAUUGGUCAAAAUAUGUCUUAGAUAGACUUUGUGAAGCCGUGAAGAGCUACAAAGAAGGAAAUAUAGAAUGGUUUUGUGGUUGUGUUUUGAUGUUAGAGAUUAUCUAUUUUCAUCGAUUGAGGUUUAGGAAUGUUGUGUUAAAUUCUACAAUACCUUUAAUUCAACAUUGGACUGAUGUGGAUAUAAGAGAUAGAAUUAGAAAUGAAAAGUUGUCCAAGGGUUUUGGGUGUGGAAUUCUUGAGUUUGAUACAUAUCCAGUGAGUGAGAAGUUGCAAUUUGAGGAUGGACAAGUUGUUUGUAAUCAAUUCAAGGAAGCUCCUGUGAAUCAAACUUCUGGAAAAGAAUCUGUUGUUUAUGAAGGUGUCCGUAGCAAUGUUAAGGGUGUUAUUCAGUUUGAGCUACCUGCCAGUUCAAUGUCUAAUGAGGAAAUCCGUUCAAUUGCUAUUGAUGAAGUUUAUGAGAAGUUUUUGCUCAUGAAAAGAGAUUUAGAAGUGGUAUCUAACUUCUACAUGAAUGAGUUGAAAGUGUUAUUUCAGACUCGUAAAUCUAAUGAUGCUUCAACUUCGACACCUCCAAUGUCCCAAACUGAUUUAUUCUUUAUGAAUCCUCGUGUUCAUGAAAUUGUUGAUGAGAUUGUGUCUCUUGUAAAUUGGGUAAGCAAAGUGCCUAAUGGUUUGGAUGAUGAUGAUAUUGAUGAUAAUGGUGCACCUGCAAAAGAGAUUAAUGUUGUAGUUGGUGAGGUUCCAAGGAUAGGUUUUGAGCAUGUUUUGAGUAAUGGAAAAUCUAAAUGCUCCCUUGAUAUGGAUGUUAGUCUCUUUGGUGAUAAAGUUACAUAUGUAACUGAAUAUAUGAAGUCAAGUAAUAAGGAUAUGAAGGUUUUGGAUGCAGUUGUCCAGGAACUUGUUGACUACUGCAUUAGUGAUUAUCAUGGUUUCGAUCUCAAUGAGGUGUUGGUAUCUUUUGGCAAACCAUUUGAGAUUACAAGGAAUGAAUUCCUUUCAUUAGGUGCACCGGCUAUUGCUAUAUCUUCUGUUAUUAUUGAUUGUUGGGCUAUGUUGCUUAAUGAAAACCAGAAGAGUAGUGCACAUGGACCUCAAAAACUAUAUUUUGGUGUUUCUCAAAGUGCUUUUUUACUGAAAGUUGCAAACACAGAUAGUAACACACAAGACAUUGACAAGCUAUUUGACAUUUGGUCAAGAUGGUUGUUCAUUCCUUGCAAUGAUUUUGAUAUUGCAAAUGUUGAGUUGAUAUUUGUUCCUAUACUCUUGAAUGAGCACUUUUUCCUAAUUGUUGUGAAUUUGAAGGAAGAAAAGCUUCAGUUCAUUGAUAAUAUGAGUUAUGAUACAAAGUACAUGAGUGAGGUUGAGAAGUUCUCUGAUGUUCUGAGUGAUAUGCUGAGUACUUUUCUUGAUCAACGCCUUCCUCAAAGUAAUGACUCAGUGAAGAACAUGAUUGAGUAUACUUUGGAGUCACCUUCUGUAAAUUGAAAGUCUGGAAAACAGAAGAAUAAUGAUAGUGGCAUUUAUACUAUGGUCAGCAUGCUUUACUUUGAUGGAGCUGAUGUGUUCGACUGCGAUGUUUUGAAAACGGUUAUCUCGUCUCAUUUUUUUUAUUUGGCUUUCAAUUUUUAUUAUAUUAACUAUUUCCUCCAUGGAAUUUAACUAGCUUUUUUAUUCUAAUUUUUGCUUAAAUUAAUAUAUUAGGUUUCAACUAGACGGACAUUGAGAGCUCAGAUUGCUGCUACUCUGGUAUUAUCUGAUAUGAACAUUGUCAGAGAUGAAGUUCUUGAAAAGCUAUCUGAAUUCAGAUUAAUAAGGAGUCAAGUUGCAAAAGAUGUUUUUGAUGGGAUUAAGAAGAAAACAAAGCAAGGUAAAAAGGAAAAGAAAGUAUAGGCAGACUAACGAAUAUGUGGAUGAAGUUUUUUGCUCGGAAGUAUUUGUAUUUUGCACAGAAGUAGGAAAUCUAAUGUAAUGAUGUAGUUUGCAUCAACAAAUGGAUAAUCUAACAAAAUUGUAUAAGUGUUAAUAUAGAACAAUAUGAUAUGAUUCCAGUUCAUACAAAGCUUUUGAAUUGGUGGUAUUGGUAGUUCUUUUGAUAUGUAAUCUUUAAUUGACAUUCAAGAAGUU